UUAUUUUAGUGAUGCUGUCAUCCAUAAACGUAUCACGCCUCCGUCAUUCUAGUCAUUCUAAUAACCAAUUACAACUACUCUAACUGUUAAACACAUACCGUUGGUCACUUUGCAAAAUUUGGACCAUUGAUGGAAUAACGGUUUCAAUAGUUUUCAAUAUUCCCAUGUAAUGUAAAGUAAAUACUCGGCAUUAAUCUCAAAGGCAUAUUUAUCUUUUGUUAUUUAGAUAAACCAAAAAUGGUGGAGAAGGAUGAAAAUGAAAAAGAAGAUGAAAAGCAAGAAGAUGAAAAGAGUGGAUUUUUUCAUGCGGUGAAGGAUUUCAUUCAUGACGUUGGGGAGAAGAUCGAGGAGGUAGUUGGGUUCGGGAAGCCAACUGCUGACGUGGCCGCAGUACACAUUUCAUCCAUCAAUGUUGACAAGGCAGACCUUGUUCUUGAUUUGGUGAUAAAGAACCCAAAUCCAGUGCCUAUCCCUCUAAUAGACAUAAACUAUUCGAUCGAGAGUGGUGAGAGAAAAUUAGUUUCAGGAUUGAUACCAGAUGCAGGUACAAUACAUUCACAUGGAGAAGAGACCAUACAAGUUCCUGUCACUUUGGCAUAUGCAGAUAUCAAAAACACUUAUCACGAUAUUCAACCCGGAAGCAUUCUUCCAUAUAGGGUGAUGGUUGACCUAAUUUUUGAUGUUCCUAUUUUGGGAAGGCUAACCUUGCCUAUGGAGAAAACUGGAGAAAUUCCAAUUCCGUACAAGCCUGAUGUCAAUGUUGAGAAAAUUCAGUUCGAGAGAUUCUCUACUGAAGAGACGGUUGCUAUUCUUCACAUGAAAAUAGAGAAUAAGAAUGACUUUGAUCUCAACGUCAAUGCGCUUGAAUAUGAGGUGUGGCUUGGUGAUGUGAACAUUGGAGGUGCGGAGCUACCGAAAUCCGCAACGAUUGAGAAAGGUGGAAUCAACUUCAUUGAUAUUCCAGUCACGUUUAGGCCUAAGGAUUUUGGAUCUGCAGUUUGGGAUAUGAUUAGAGGAAGGGGAACAGGCUACACCAUAAAAGGAAAUGUUGAUGUUGACACGCCGUUUGGUGCAAUGAAGUUGCCCAUCAGCAAAGUCGGUGGUACUACGAAAUUCAAGAAGAAAAAGGAUUGUGAUGGCGAUGAUGACAAUAAGGAUUGAAGAACAAUUUGCAUCAAGUUAUCAGCGGUUGUUUAAUUUAGAAAACUUAGUUCCACUAAAACCUACAAUUAAGAAGAGACCUUGAGUAUAAUUCAAGGCAUUAUACUUCUUAGUCCUGAUGGUUGUUUAAUUAGCAAACAUGUCAAGUUUUGACCUAAGAAUUUGACUGUUGUGUCAAUAUUCAUUAUGAAUAUAUAAUAGUUGUAGCUUGGGAUGAUCAAAUACAAAAGCAAGUAGGAUGAUUCUCGUUUUGUCGCUUUAUCCAGCUGCCGAUGAAGUUUAUAUGAUUUGGAUUUGUGGAGAAUGAAUUCCUUCGUCUUUUGUGUAAUUGAGGAUGAAUAAAGAAUGAUUCAUCGCGCUAACAAA